AUGACGGCACAGCCUUCAAACACGGCGAACCCUGCGGAGGUGGACGAGCUGGUGCACGCGGUCGCAGGGGCAGGCGGAGGCGCAUUGUCGAUGGCGCUUACCAUGCCGCUGGUGACGCUGGCUACGCGAAUGCAGGUGAGCGAGCAGGAUAAAGAGCCGGGGACACGCAGCAAGAGCAAAUUGGAGGCCGUGCGGGAGAUAUACCGAAAGGAGGGCGUGGUGGGCUUCUACGCGGGCCUGGAGAGCGCAAUGUACGGAAUGGCGGUCAACAGCUUCAUCUACUACUACUUCUACGAGCUGGCGGCGCGUGCGACGAUGCGGGUGCGCGGGUCUCGGCGGCUCAACACAUCGGAGGCGAUCCUGUCCAGCGCUGUGGCCGGCUCGAUGACGGCGAUUGCGUCGAACCCGAUCUGGGUCGUGAACACGCGGAUGACAGUCGCGAAGUCCGAGCAGAGCACGCUGGCAGUGCUGCUCGACAUAGUCCGCAAAGAUGGCGUGACGGCGCUGUUCAACGGCCUCCGGCCGGCGCUGAUGCUCGUGUCGAAUCCGAUCAUCCAGUAUACUGUCUUUGAGCAGCUGAAGAACGUUGUGCUCAAGUGGAGCGGAUCAGAUGUGCUGCUGCCAUCGUGGGCGUUUCUGCUGGGUGCUGUGGGCAAGCUGGCCGCCACGGGGUCGACCUACCCAUACAUUACUCUGAAGACGAGAAUGCACCUGGCCAAAGGCAAAGAGGACGCUGAUACACAGCAGUCUAUGUGGUCGCUCAUGGUCGAUAUUGUCAAGAAAGAGGGGAUCCAGGGGCUGUACCAUGGAAUUGGGGUGAAGCUAACGCAGAGUAUCCUCACAGCCGCCUUCCUAUUUUACUUCAAGGAGGGUUUUAUUCUCUGGGCGGUCAAACUGAUCAGCACGCUGCGGCGCUAUUCCUCAAGAAGAAAAGCAGUGUCUGUAUAA